AUGUUAGAUCGUUACCUUGAAGAGAAAAAAGCUAUAUGCUCUUCACCAAGUAGGUUGAAGUUGGUGCCUUCCCGUGAAGCAGUAGUGCCUCCCGGUCUUGAAGUGGUGUUUCUCAGUCUUGAAGUGGUGUAUGUCGGUCUUGAUGUGGCGGUUAUUGAUCUUGAAAUUGUGGCAGAGCAUAUUAUAAUAAAAAAGAUAGCAGACAUCUUCACCAAAUAUUUUCCUGUAGCUAUCUUCACGUCUCUGAGAUACAAACUGGUUGUGGAUGUGCCUCCUACACCAAGUUUGAGAGGGGCUGAUAAGACUCUGCUUCAGCAAAACGACACUGUUGCAGUUAACCAGAACAAGACUCAAGCCCAGCAAGAGUUGAGGUCCAAAGAGAUUCAAAUUGAGCCCAAAAUGAAUCCAUCAGAGCUGCAACAGUCUCCUGCAAUGUCAAGACAAAAGACUGAAGCUGAUAUAGAGAAAAAGAGAAAGGAGAAACCGUACAAGGCAGAGAAGACUGAGAACGCAAUAACUACGCAGAAUAGAUUCGCUUUGCUAUCAAUGAGCUGUCUAGGUUAA